AUGCAGGACCUAAUAAAUCAGGUGCUGGAGGUUCUUCAUGUUGCUCAACCUGAGAUGCAGAUUGCUGCCAGCUCUGCAUUCCUCCAGAUACUGCAGAAGGACAUUGUUCCAGUCCAGAACUACACACAAACAUUCCUACAGACAAUCCUGUCUGGGUUGGACAGCAAAGAUCCAGAUGUGGCCAACGCUUGGCUCGAAACUCUCCUAGAUGUUGUGGAGCUUUUACCCAAAGAAAUUAUCAAAAGAGAAGUAAGUUUUGGAGAGGAGUAUAUGAACGGAUUGAAAAUUAGCUUUGUUUAUUUAUUAUUUAGUGAAAUGGGUUUUGAGUUGUAUGAUUGCCAGACCAAAUAUGCCAUAGAAGAUCAGCUUGAAGCCACUAAAAGUGCAAUAUUACCAGAGUUGGUGGAACUCGCCAACGAUGAAGAGAGUUAUGUGCGUCUGGCCGGCAUAGAAACUGUAGUCAAUAUCCUUAGUCUGCUGGAUGAUGAAACCUGUAAUGCAACCAUCAUUCCUCUGGUGUGUAAGUUCUGCCAGCAAUCGCUACAGAAUGAGGACCCUACCCUACCAGUGGUGGCCAAGCUGAUAGGGAAGCUGUGCCAUGGGUUGUCAGUGAAUCUAACAGAGGACCAGAAACAGUGGUUUCUUGAUUUCUAUAGGAAAUUAAGUAGAGUGGGCCUCUCAGAGAAAACAAAAACACCAAGAGAGGGAGAGCCUUUAAAUUCACCUGCAAAGGUGCCUGUGAUAGCUAGCAUCUUCCCAGAUGAGGACAGAGCUGUGGAGUGCCGAAAGAAUGCUGCCUUCAAUUUCCCUGCUAUGGUAGUGAUGACUGGGGCCCGCCAGUUUAAAACAGAGCUGUAUCCUACCUUUAGCAGUUUGUGCAAUGAUCCACACUUAGCAGUAAAGAAGACUAUAGCACACAGUUUCCAUGAGGUUGUGAAGCUCCUUGGCAGCUCUGUGCACUGUGUUCAGGGGGAACUGAUUUCACUGCUCAAAGACGAGUCCAUAGAAAUACUCAGAGGCCUAGUGCCUCAUAUAACAGAGACACUAGAUUAUAUGGUGAAGGCAGGAGGGAGUGCAAUCACGGAAGCUAAAAUGAACGCAAUGUCGGACGUGAUCCCUGCCCUCCUAGCCUGUGAAACUGUACUGUCAGGAAGUAACGACUGGAGGUUACAUGCACAAAUCAUGGAAAGCUUCUCUUGUCUUCCCAAAGUGUUCACAAGUGACCAGAUUUAUUUUAAGUUUAUACCUCUGCUGUUUAAGAAGCUCCAGACAGUGAGGCCUUUACCAGUGCGGCAUGCUGCAGCUCGGACAAUAUUAAUCUUGAUAAGAAAUAAUAGGAAAAUGGAACACAGGCAGGAAUUGAUAUGUCGGCUUGUGGAUGAAUACUGUCAUGGGAAGAGUUGUUAUAAAAGAAGCUUAUUCAUAGACAUUUGCAAAAUGGCAAUGGAACUUUACUCAAAAAGCUUUUUCAAGGAGUAUUUCUUUGAGUUUGUGUUAGAGCACGCCACAGAUCCCGUCCCAAAUAUUCGCUUGCGAUUAUGCUCCGUCCUACCCCGUCUGAAGACUAUACUGCGUCUCCCUGCUGAUCGCAACUUAUUGCAGCAACUAGAAUCAUGUGUUAGGAAAUUAUUGAUUAAUGAGAGAGAUCGAGAUGUUACAGCUUCUGUCAGAAAGUCUGUGGAAGAAUUAGAUAAGAUAACUGUUCCAAUGGAUUCUAUGGGCAGAAAGACUACGGUCGAUGAUGACAUUGUAGACCAAAGGAAAGAGGAAGAAGAGAAAAUGCUUAUAGAAAUGGAAGAGAAGUCUCGCAAAGAUGAACCAGAGACAAAAAGUUCCAAGAAAGAAGAGGGGAAGAAAAAGGAUAAAAAGGAUGUGGCCUGUAAAAUCCCUGCUCCAAAAAGAGCCUCUAAAAUACCUGCUGCCACUAGUACAAGGCAUCAACUUGAGAAGUCCAGAUCCGAGAGAGAAUUAAAAGCUGGCAGCAGUAAUGAAAAUACUACACCUAGUAAAGGUAAUAAAACAGUCAAAAGUUUGAAGAAUACCACACCUUCCCCAACUUCCAAGUCUCGGUCCCCGGGCAGUGCCAGCAGCAUAGGGUCAGCAUGCAGCACUAAUAGCAGACGUAGUUCAGCUAGCUCAACAUAUAGUUCCUCUAGUAGUGUACCUUCUCCAUCUCCAAGUUCAGCUGGUAGAAGGCGUCUCAACACUGGAAGUCCCCUUUCUAUUGCAAGUCCAGAUUCAUCAUCAUAUAGCACAACAAAUGGUGGAACUGCACAGAAGAAAAAUAGCCAGCCUGGAGUCAGUGGGGUACCAACAGCAAAAAGGAAGACCUCGAUGUCCAAAUGACCCCCCAGGUUUCCUGCUAAAGCAGGAGCAGUGCAAGUCUCUUGGCAACACUCAGUGGGGUGAAAGGCAUUGAUGGGAGUAGACCAAGCAAGGGACAGGGGAUACUAUCAGCUCCCCACCUCCUCCCUAGAUACCAGUGCUAUCAUGUGGAUUACAAUCAACUUCUGGUGUAACCAGCUUUUCUAAAAAAAUAAAAAA